CAGUAUGUUUGCCAUGCUGACUGGGACGUUGCCUUUCACUGUGGAGCCGUUUAACAUCAAGCAGCUGCAUCAGAAGAUGGUCAACGGAGAGAUAGGAACCAUACCCAACGAUAUCAGCAAAGGUGCAGUAGGUUUUGUUCUGUCCCUGUUGGAGCCAGAGCCUUUUAAACGGCCAACAAUCAGAUCAGCUAUGGAGGAAAAAUGGAUCAAUGAGGGAUACACCAAGAGACCUCUACACACACUCACACACAGGAACAGGCUGCGUCCUGAGGAUCUGAACCAAUCCGUGCUGUCCUACAUGACAGAGUCUCUGGGUUACAGUCUGAGUGAUGUCAUCAACAUGCUGACCAAUAACAGGCCUUCUGCCGUCCUGGCCUCCUAUCACCUGCUGCUCAGCAAACUGACCCGCGGACAGAGAGGGGCCAGGGGCAUCAAGAAACUGGACACCAGUGAAUGGAACCUGCCCAGUAAUCCCACCUGGAGAGAGAAGAGCAGCACUGCAGCCAGGACACAGCAACAUACUGAGCCAGCCAAUGAGAAGGUCUCUAAGCAGUCCAGCCGGCCCCCGAGGAGCCAACCACAGCCCCCAGAGGAGGAAUGUCUCUGCAACAAGAGGAGACAGGAAGGCCCUCCCACAGAGUCCCGCCCCUCCUCCACCUCUCUCCCCCCUUGUCUCCCUUCCCCCUGCCCCACGCCUCUCAUUGAUGAAGAGAUCACCAUCACUCUGUUCCCUGAAGUCUCUGUGUUUGGGGACAGAGAGCUGGUCCAUCUCGCACCUCCUAAAAGCUCUGCCUCCAAGCUGUGUGACUCUGCCCCCUUGCCACGCCUCUUGGAUCCAACCAGAGAAGGCCAGGUCCGUCCAGUCCAUCCACCACACGCGCUCAGAACCACACACUCCGAUGGGGCGGAACUCGACAACAGCCACCUCCACGACGACGACGACGGUUGUCACGAUGACCACGUUCACCAUCAUCGCCAUGGCAACAAUGACCGGCUAAAGAAACUGCAGACGUUCUACUCCUCGGAGACGAAGGGCGGAGUCUCCAUAUCUCCCAGAAUGAUCCUGGAGACCACGGAGCCACGCCCCUCGGACAGAGAACACCUGGCAGGCGCCAUGGAAAUGGCCCAAACUGCCCCGCCCCCUCUCCCCCAGCUACGGAAUGCUGGGCUGAAGGAGGGAGGAGGGGGAGGAGGGGGGAGGAAGGUCACAUGGGUGGGCCACAUGGUGCGGCCGCAGGGCCCCACGGGGCUCCUGGUCAACGGGUCCAAACCCCCGGCCUUCCCCUCCCAGAGACAGCAUGCUCUGGUCAUCAAGAGCCUUCGCCAGGAGAGGGGGAGGAGAGGAGGAGGAGGAGAUAGAGAAGGAGGUGGGGGAAGAGGAGGAGGGAUGAGUGGAGGAGUGAAGCGUAACUCUGUUCAGCUGCGUCAGUCCUUACAGCGUCGAGUAGCUGACCUGAACCUCCCUCUGCUCCCAGCAGCCCAGCAGAGACCCUACUGACCUAAGACCCUAACCCUGCUGACCUACUGACCUACAGAGACCCUGCUGACCUACUGACCUACAGAGACCCUACUGACCUACAGAGAUCCUACUGACCUACAGAGACCCUGCUGACCUACUGACCUACUGACCUACUGACCUACAGACCUACAGAGACCCUGCUGACCUACAGAGACCCUGCUGACCUACAGAGACCCUACUGACCUACAGAGACCCUGCUGACCUACUGACCUACUGACCU